AUGACCACGGCCACCCCGUUGGGGGGGACUACCUUCUUCUCACUGAACGUGACCACCAGAGAACAGGACUUUCUGUACAAGAGUUCCGGAGCCAUCGUUGCUGCCAUUGUCGUGGUUGUCAUUGUCAUCUUCACCGUGAUUCUGAUCCUGCUGAAGAUGUACAACAGGAAAAUGAGGACAAGGCGGGAACUGGAACCCAAGGGGCCCAGGCCAUCCUCCCCUUCUGCCUUGGGCCCAAACAGCAACAGCGGCCAACACCCUGCAACUGUGACCUUCAGCCCUGUUGACGUCCACAUGGAGACUCGGUGA